UUGUCGCACUGCGGAUGAGGCAAGUGUAUUAUUGUUCAUAAGGCAGGUUGCGUUUCAAGUUUAAAAUAAAUUUGAGAAAUAUUUUUUUAGUAAAUUUAUUUACUUAUAAAAUUUGAAGAACUUUUCCUCGUACAACCCUAAAGUUUUAUUCCAAAAAGUAAAGAUAAGGACAGCUGUCUCACCUUAUAGAUGGCAGCACUAUAUAGGUAUCUGACCAAUGGAAAUUAAUAUGAUGUUAUUAAAACUAAACUAAAACUAUUUUGAGAUAAAAAAAGAAUUAUUCUUAAUCAAGUGAUUUUGGUCGUAUUGUAUUUGCACUACUUUGAGUCAUGUACGCGGGGUUUUUUCUGUCGAAGAAUUGAGAAGCAUAAAACGGAUUGAUCCAAUUCAAUCAGAUUUAUUUAACCAUGUCAAAUACCUCAUCGGAAGACGACCAGUUGAUGGAAGAAAUUGCUUCUCGAUGUUAUGAGAAAUUGCAAGAUUUUGAAUCCCUAAGUGUAGAACACUUGAAACGCCGUUUGACAAGAAGGCAGAGGAAUUACAUAAAUGAUUGGUUUCCUGGAAGCCUGUUUUCUAAUUUUUUUCAAGAAUUCCCCGAUAUGUUUUUUAUAGAGAAUGACAAGGUGACUCAGUAUAACCAUCUUCUUGAAUUCCAUCGACAGUCAGCUGUGAAAUAUUUUGAGCAAAUAUUGAAUGAUUACCUCGAACCUGUCAGCGUUGGGAAUCUCAGAGGUCAUAUAGGGCAAGCAGAAGAUUUUGUGAUUAAAUUUGUAAAUACGUUUUACCCUGCAGAAGAGUUUUCACAUUUCCUCCAAUCAUAUUCAGACGUUUUUGUGGUCUACGAGAAUGACACGGCAUGGUCCGUCUUCAAGGAAUCUGUUCGGUUCUACGAGCGCUUGCUCACACUGAUGGGGCAAGAUAUUUACUAUUACCACUUGCUGAUGAACAGCAAUAGUGCCUUGCCGCAGACCAAAGCAUUCAUUCGAAACAAUUACCCGGGAGAGCAGUUCCGAGUUUUCCUUGAAGAGAAUUCUGACUAUUUUAAAGUAGAUGAGGAUGGAUUUGUAAGUUUUGGCGGAAACGAAACGUCCAGCUCGGAAGAAGAUGAUUACAGUGAUAAUGACUAUGAGUAUGACGAGACGGUGGAAGAGGCUGCUGCGAACUUUUUCCAUGCUAAACUUCAAGGUUGCUCUUAUUACCCCCAUUACAUGAAAUUACGGAAUUUUAUCUGUCAAGCCACUAACUGGGUUAAGGAUUUCAUAAAUGCAAACUAUCCCGGAGAGAGAUUUAAAAGUUUUUUACUGUCACAAACUCAUUAUUUUACUGUUCAAGAUGACGAUACAGUAAACCUUACAGAAGAAGAAUGCGUUUCAUUCCUCGAGAAACGACUGAGAGACUUGGGCGGAGGCUUACACCACGCAACAUUAUUAGUUCAUGUCGGGCAAGCGCAUAAAAAUGUAAGAGAUUACGUGAACCACCUCAACGAGUCGUUUGUAUCAUUCCUAAAAAAAUAUCCAGCGCUCUUUUAUUUGGAUGAGAAUGAGUCGGUCUUUUUAUGUGAAGAAGAAAGCGAGUCGGUAUCGACUGCAUCGUGUUCUGAUGACAUAGAAACAAGUGCUGCUGAAUAUUUUGAACAGUUUUUGAGUCGUACCGGCUCUCCUCCUCAUUAUAUGAACUUCAGAGGACAUAUAGGACAAGCAAGUGACGAUGUGCAAUAUUAUAUUAAUGAUUCUUAUCCAAAUGAAUCAUUCAAAUCAUUUCUGUUGAAUCAGCCGAAUUUUUUCGUUGUUAAUGACGAUGAAACUGUUUGCAGUACAGAAAAUGAGUGCAUAGAUUAUUUUGAGAACAUUCUCAAAGAAAUUGGUGGAGAGAUCUACUGGUACAACCUGCAGCUGCAUUUAACGCAAGCAGCGCCCUGUUUAAAAACUUUUUUCCGGGACAAUUAUCCUGGUGAAGAAUUUCAGGCCUUUUUCCGAAACAAUCAAGAUGUAUUUGAAAUCAACAUUGACGGACUUGUUUCUUUAACUUCUGAAUAGGACGAAGGAAAUGAUUUUUAAAUGUAUGAAUAGCUUUCGAUUAAACACGCCAACAAAACAAGAAGGGUUGAACACUGUAAUUUGAGUUUAUGUUCAAGUUUUGUUUUUCCUAAUGUUGUGAAAGUAUUUUUGAAUGAAUAUUAUACUAUUAA